AUGGUUUUCAGGCCCGAAAGGGAACGAUCUCGACGUCCAAGAGAACCAUCACUUCUUCUUGGGAAUGGAUUGAUUAUGGCUGACGAGAACACAAUGGAUAGCGACGAUGAUCCUGACAAUGACGAUCAUUUCUAUCCGCCGUCACUCAAACGACCUCGUAUUGAUGAAGAUAACCUGCUUGCAGAAGCUGUACUAGCAUAUGCGGCAAGUAUUGGUGAUGCAAAUGAUGCAACGACGACAUAUCAGCAAGCCAUGGACAGCGACGAAGUCAAGGAAUGGGUGAAGGCUAUGAGCGCUGAGCUUGAAGCUCAUUCGGAAAAUGGUUCAUGGAGUCUUGUCCCGAAGAUGAAGAACGUCCGAUAA